AUGGAGUUUUUCAAGAAUCUCCCCGUCGAAACCUUGAUAGACAUAUUAUCACUUUUACCUGUUGAAUUAGUUAUCAACUGCAAAUUAGUAUCUAAAAAUUGGUAUAAACUUAUUUCUGAUCCAUCAUUCACUAAUUUUCACUUAAAUCGUCUUAUUGAUUCUGGUAACUUGAGUUUUCUUAUUAGAUUCGAUGAUUUGAAUUUCCUUCCUACACCCAACCAAUUUUAUUAUUUUGAUUAUGGUAAGAACAAUAACAUCAUCAACAAGAUCGAUGUGCUCCCUCAAGAGACAUCUAACUUUACUAUCGUUGGUUCUUGCAACGGUCUGGUUUGUCUUUUUGAUUAUGAUGAUACUAUUAUUAUCAGUAACCCCAUCAUCAAAGAGUAUGUCAUUCUUCCUAAAGUUACACCACCUUCCCAUAUAGAUGAAAGAUUACUCAGCAGAUAUAUGUUCUGUGGAUUUGGUUACCUCCCCAAAAUUGAGGAGUACAAAGUUGUCAGAAUGUAUACCUUACUAAAGGAAUCUGAUUCUAUUGAAGUCGAUGUAUACACUCUUGGUAGUGGCAGUAAAUGGAGAAACAUAUGA